UACGCGUGGUAAACCGAACAACAAUAUGGGUAGGUACCGUCGGGAAUUCCAGCUGAUUAUAUUUAUUACUUUUGUUAGUGAAACUAUUUAAAAUUCAUUCAAAUAUUAAAGUAUAUAGAAUGUUAACUAAACUAACUUAUAAAGGUUGUAAAUUCAAUAAUGUGCGUUGUUACAGUCUUAUUUGUUAAUGAUGCAUACAAAAACCUCACCCAUACAGGGGAAGUGCGUUUUCCACGGGCUCGCUUACUUUGAUGUCGCAUACAAAAUAUAAAUACAUUUAUUUUGGUUCUCGAAUAAAUCAAAAACUUUGAACAAUUACACUAUAAAUUGUAUUAUAUAGAAAAAAAAUGUUAUUUUUCUUUAUGAAUGACAAUACGUACCUUUGAAAUAGGCACAUACAUAAAUACAUAAUAAUAAAUACUUUUCAGUAUAUGGCCAAAUUAAAAAUUUUUAUUACAAUUCAUAUGUAUAUAUAUUUCACCUAUAUUUAUAAAAAUAUAACCUAAGCCCUGGCCUUAUUGAAUCAUUCGGUUAAUGGACUCAUAUACUCUGGUCCCAAAGUGAAUCCAAUAUUUAGCGACUACUGUCUUAUGUAAUUAUAUUUAGUACAUUAGCUGCCAUAAGUAGAUAUUAGAUAUAUAUUAUGUUACAUUUUUAUAACGAUAUUUAUCCGAGCUAAUUUAUUUUAAUCCGAACUCUCUCUACAAUAUAUUAUACACGAAACUUCAAUUUAAUGUCAAUUUUACUAAUGACGUUCAUUGGUGAACAAUAACAUGUCAAAAAAGUUAUAGGUAAUCACUUUUGUUCCCGUGAAUAUUUUCGAGAGUGUACAAAGCACUUAAGCACUCAAUGUAGACGUCAGGCGCUCAGAGCCGAGAGGUGUCGAACAAACAAAUGUUAAACCCGUUUUUUUUUAAAUUCACAGGUAUAGGACGUAGGUUGAAAUAUAUAAAAUAAUAUCAGAUAAAAUGAGAAGGUGGCUUAUUUUGUUACCAAACGAAAAAAAUAAAAAAAAAAGUCUAGAUUUUCUAAAUCUAAAUUAAAUAAAAUUAUUAUUAUGGAGGACGGAGUGGCCGAGCGGACUAAGGCAUCGGUUGUGACGCACACCGACGCUGGUUCAAACCUCGGUUCAUGGGCGGCAUUUUUCUUCGGGCAAGUCACGGUGUCCGGAGAUAAGUGCCACCAUCGGGGGGAGGGACCCGGGCAUGGAAAAUACCCACGGGUGCCCAUUAAAAAAUCUGCAAAAACUACACACACGUGUUACACCUACAGUUCCCUCCCCUACAAACAAAAACAAACAGCUAAUGGCCAUAGUUGCCGGGCUUCACGGAUCAAUAAAAAAAAAAAAAAUAUUAUUAUUGUCUGCUUCAUGCCUGUCAGUGAAACUGAAAAACGCUCACGAAUUAUGACUAACAUAAUGGCAUGUCAAAAACUGGAAUUUCGUCAACAUUAUAAUAUUUGGUUCCACGCCCAUAAACAAACAUAAUAAGAACGUCGUGACAAUUAUUACUGUUUUAUAUAGUAUUGUUGAGUUUAUGAAGUUAGUAAAACAAACGACCGCUUUUAGGCACUUUUUUGCGAUAUCCACGUAAAGACGUAUGCAGUAAAGCGACGAACAAUAUUUUGACCAAACUAUAACUAAUCUGGAUAGUGGAUUACAAUAUUACAUUACAGUGGCGUAGCCAGGAUUUUUAUUCGGCGGGGGCUGAUCAACUUUUACACUUUUACACAUUAAAGACGUACCUACUACCACAGAUAUAUAGCUGAAAAGGGUUUAAGUGCAUUUUUAAAUAUUUUAAAUACAAUUCAAGACUUUUUGAGCGACUAUAUCAUAGACCAUCAAAAUAAUUUUUAAAUUUUCUCAACAUUUCGGGGAGGAGGGGGGGCUGCAGCCCCCUCAGCCCCUCCCCUGGCUACGCCACUGUUAAAAUACAUUAUAUUGAUCUGUAUUUCGGAUCCAUCAGUUAAUUUUCCUGAAAUGUGGGACUAUAGAAGUAAAAAGUAGAAAUUAGAAAGUUUCUACUUUCUACGUCUAGUCAUUUAUAUAAGACACACACUUCCAUCCAUCAAAAUUUCUCUCCGAUUUUCGAGUUUGUCGUAAAAAAUGCAUAGUUUAUGGUUUUUUUUUUUUUUUUUAGCAGAGAUAUGGCCGACAGCGUGCCCGUUUCGGAUGUCGUUUGCGUCGACGACAUGGGCAAGGCCAGGGUCAUGGAACCCGUUUUGGCGGACAAGGUGGCCGGUUUGAGGGACCAAUGCGUGGAGUUCAUGAGCGAUGUGGAGCUGUACCGCGAGGCGGUGGACGGCUUUAUCGGCGUCAUGGACCGUUUGGCCAAACAGGUGGAGCGAGAGAAGCGAGAUGCGAUCGUCGCGUCGAACAAGCUGGCGUCGUUGCCCAACAAGGCCGAAGAAGAAAUCGCCACGUUACAAUCGCAGAUCGAACAAAAAACCACGGAGCUCGAACGCUACAAGAUCGAGCACAGAUCGCUGCAAAAAAUUGAAUCUGAUCAAACGGAUUUAAUAAAUCGGUUAUCGUUUCAAAACUAAACGGUAUUGGAUUGCGUCCGACAACGCGAGGACCCCCCCCCCCCCCAAAUCGGAAAUUUAUGUCUUACACUCACAAAGGGCGCGGCAAUGCGCCUGUACUGGCUAACCGACAGUCGAUUGGCCCUUGCUGGCACAGUCAAUCAAAAGCAAAACUGUAUCCAGUGACCAGCACUAUACACUAGUACGGGCAGCCAGUAUACACUCAAUACAGACUGACAUACUACAGCAGGACGUAUAGUACCGGUUCAGCAUUGAAAGUCAGUACCUACCACGAUUUAAGAUAUAUCUUGUGGUACCUACUGAUUACCGUUAUCAUCCCAGUGAUCUCCCAGUAAUCUUACUGUUGUGGAUUUCCAAUUUGGUGAGGGGGGAGGGGAGGGGCUGUGCGAAUCAUUAAUAAUAAAUCGAUGAUACACAUAAUAAACAGCAAUACAUUAAUAUUUUUAUUUUUUUUAUUGUUUAAUGAUUAAUCAAAUUAUUUCUUAACUAUAAAAUAAUGCUUAAGCAUAAAAAUAAUUAUGGUAAAUGCGUUUUUCAUAAUAUAUAAUAAAUAAUAUCAUUAUUA